UCACCAUCUUUUAUUAUUAUUAUUAUCAUUAUCAUUAGACUUCAGUGACGAUUCCUGGUAUUCGUUAUGUGGUAGAUGCUGGCUUUGUCAAGGAAAAAUCAUAUGAUGCAACAACGGGUAUGGACGCAUUACUAGUAACCGAAAUCAGUCAAGCAACAGCAAUUCAACGUGCAGGACGAGCAGGACGAACAGGACCUGGUAAAGUGUAUCGAUUAUACAAAGAAGAAAGUUUUGAAGCUAUGCGUGUCAACAGUGUUCCAGAAAUUCAACGCAGUAGUCUUAUCAGCACGGUUUUAGGACUUAAGAAACGUGGUAUUGUGGAUGUUCUUCAUUUUCCUUUUUUGGAUCCUCCUGAUGCUACUUUGGUCAAGACAGCUUUGAAACAUCUCUAUCUAUUGGGUGCCAUUGAUGAAGUAGGACAACUGACAAGUUUGGGUGAUCAAAUGAGUGCUUUCCCUCUGGCACCGUCGUUAUCUCGAGUUCUAUUGGCUUCAUGCACAUUUGGAUGUAGUUAUGAAGUAGUGACAAUAGCAAGUUUAUUGGCUGGUGAAAUGGAUCUAUUCAAGACCCCAUCUCUUCGUGGUCGUGGUGGUGCACAUAUUACCAAGGAAGAUAUGGACAAAGCUAUGAUGGAAGCUGAAGAGUGCAAGUUACGUUUUGCUCAUCAUAGUGGUGAUCAUUUGACCUAUCUCAAUGUAUGGAACGAAUGGAGACGAUAUCGUAAAGACAAGAUGAAGCAAAAGCAAUGGUGUCAAGACAAUUACAUUCAUGGUAAAGUUUUGGAAACAGCACUACGAGUUCGAGAUCAACUGAUGGAUGUGAUGAAGAAAUUGAAUUUACCUAUUGUACAUGCACCUCGAAUCCAAUCAAGCAAACAAGGAAAACGACAACAGGAUGAAAAUGAAUCUAUAGACGCAAUACCUAUACUGAAAUCAUUUUUGACAGGCUAUUUCAGCAACGUUGCUAACAAAGGUGCACAUCGACAUGUGUUUUCACAUUAUUCACCUGACAAGCACUUUUUGAUGGAUGGUGGUAUAGCAUCGAUGGAACAUCAACUGGACGAUCAUCAUACAACGGGAUCUUUGGUGGCACUUUAUCUUCAUCCACUUUGUUCGUUUUCUGACAUGUUGGAUCGGCACAAAAUACGAUAUAGGGAAUUGGACUGGGUGAUGUAUAUGCAUGUCACAUAUACCAACAAAGCAGUGAUGAAAGGGGUCAGUAAGAUUAUUUGGGAUUGGGUGAAAGAAAGUGAAGGUUUGAAAAGAUUGGAUCGAUUACCAAAAACAAGAUUGAAUGGUGAAGAUCGACCGGAUGUGGAAGAAAUGGAACAAGAACAAAUCGAAUUGGUGGAUCAUGAAGCAAUUCAAAUUCAACAAGAACAAGCUCUCUUGGACAAACAAAAACGACGAGCCGAAGAAAUAGAACAAAUAAGACAACGUGCAUUAUCUAGACGUAGAUUACAAUGAUCCUUUUUUUUUUUUUUUUUGUAUGUUUAGUUAUUAUAAUUUAUGUCAAUAAAAUUUAGAGAUGAUUGGGUGAUGU